AUGUCUAUUACUGGUGUCAAGAGUAUUCUUUUCCGUACGGCCAUUGCCGCUGUCAACGCCGAAGACCACAUCCGGGUCUAUUUUCAAGAUAUUUACGGCAAUAUCCUCGAAGCUGCCUAUGAUGGCGCGAAUUGGUCCAAGGGGACAAAUGUGAUUGGGAAAGCAAGGAUUGGCAGUCCCCUUGCUGCCGUUACCAAAGAGCUUAAGCAGAUCUCUGUCUUCUAUGUCAGUGACGACAACUUUGUGCAGGAGACUAUCUACGAUGAUUCCACCAAGAACUGGUCUCAUGGCAAUCUCGGUGCUAUGCAACUGGAAAUUCCACACUACGCGAAACUGGCAGCAACCGUCUAUCCUGGGCAUCCGAAGUUCUACCGGUCUAUCUACUAUCAGUCCAAGGAUGAUACUAUAAACGUUUAUAACAGUACUGAUGUCGGAAGUGAGUGGGAACACGAAACGUUUUUCCACCGUUGUUUGCCUGGAACUUCGAUAUCAGCCGUUUCCUACAUAGCUAAAAACAGGACCACAUUCAAAUUGUACUACCAGGACCCAAAGCUGGAGAACAUUGACUGGUAUCGAAAAAUCGGAGGCGGGUGGACCACCGAUUAUGCCCUGGGGUACGGCGGAGUGCCCCGCGGUGCUAUAACAUCGGUUGCUGGUCAAGAUGGAUAUAACACUAACCUGCGUGUCUUCUACACCACCUACGGCCAGAAAAUCAGCGUCAAGUUAUACGUAGGCAGCAGGGGAUGGGCGGAGGAUCUAAAUCCACCAACACAGCCCACCAUACCGGGCAGUGAAAUGGCCGCCAUCACAUAUGGGUCCGGCGACGAGACGGUCAACAGAAUAUUUUUCCAACAUGGCGCACAGAUGAUGGCGAUCUAUGGUCUGAAGCCAUGGGGCUACCGAUGGCGGUCAUCUAAGACUUUUGUCAUCUCUACCAUCGUCCUGGCCUUAUUUGCUGAAACCUUCCUCUAUGGCUUCUUGGUCCCGAUUUUGAGUUACAUGCUUGAAGUCCGCCUGCACAUCGACCCAUCGCGAACCCAAAGUCUCUCCUCUGCCCUGCUUGCCAUCCACGGCUUUGUUGCCCUCAUAUCAGCUCCCGUUAUCGCCCAUUUUGCAGAUAAAACGCCAAACCGGAGGACCCCGCUGCUGAUUUCGCUUGCAGCAUGUCUCAUAGGAACCCUCCUUGUCGCGUUGUGGACCCUGUUUGCCGGGAGGAUUCUACAGGGUGUUGCUGGCUCUGCGGCAUGGAUCGUGGGUUUUGCGACGCUGGUCGAUAAUGUCGGUAUGGAGCACAUGGGGAAGACUAUGGGAGUGGCCAUGUCCUUCGUGAUGGCUGGUGUCAUCGGAGGGCCUGCGAUUGCUGGGUCUCUGCUGCAGUUGUCGGGAUAUUGGCCGACAUGGUCUGUCCCAUUAGGGGUGAUAUUCUGCGAUAUAGUUGCUCGCCUGGUCAUGAUUGAGGGGCGAGAUAGGUACAUCAAAUGCCCGGAUUCGUUCGAUAGCGCUUCGCCUUCUCCAGUUUCUACUGAGACUACAACUACUAUACGCGACGAUGAAGAGGCCUCGCUACUUGCAUCGGCUGGUAAGAAUUACCAGUCUGUGAAGAAUAAUGAACCCGUCAAGGGCGCCAAGGAAAGCAUAGCACCUCGUGGUUUCUAUUACACAACAUUACAGGAUACCCGUGUGCUGGCCGGUCUAGCGAGCGUCGUGUUGAUGUCUUCUAUUGUAUGCGGAUUCGACGCCACUCUGCCUCUGCAUCUUCGCCAUGUAUUCAAUUGGGGGAGCUUGCCGGUAGGCAUGACCUUUCUCGCAUUGCAGGUCCCCUCCAUCUUCCUUAGCCCCAUCGUUGGCUGGCUCCGAGAUCGAGUAGGACUCCGAUAUCCUACCGCGGCGGGUUGGGCUCUCCUAGUCCCGCUGCUGUGGCUCAUGGGUGUCCCGGGGGAUAGCCGUUUUCCAUGGGCCAGCCCUGAAACUAAUGGGAAAGCUAUAUUUAUAUCCUGUAUUGUGGGCAUUGGCACGGCUACAACAUUAGCUCGUGGUGCUGGAACUGUCCAAUUGACUGCUGUGGUGAAUGACAUGCAGUCAAAGAACCCGAAUAUAUUUGGAGCCCAUGGAGGAAACUCUAGAGUCUCUUCAAUGAUGGAAGUAGCGUUCAGUCUUGGAAUGAUGGUGGGACCUUUGCUCUCAGGCUCUCUAACUGAACUGGUUGGGUACUAUUACAUGAGUGUUACUUUAGAAGCCCUGAAAUGGCACCCGAUUAUCAUGGAAAUUCCUUAA